UCUUGGGAAUCCCCAGAGUGGAAACUGCUGCCUCAGCAAUACAAGGCCAUGCAGCAAGACCCGGACCCCUCCACAUGUUCCUCCCAGCACCGUGGCUCGCUCCCUGUGGCCAUUGUGGAGGACCACGAUGAAGCUCUGCCUCUACUCUACAGAGCUAUAGGCAGCAGGAGACUCCCUUUCAACUCCAUCACUCUGGUUCACUUUGAUGCACACCCUGACCUCCUGUCUCCCAACAUCAAGGCUGAUCGUCUCACACACACAGCAGAGUUGUUCUCCAGCACAAGCAUUGCUGACUGGAUCCUGCCCACGCUGUACAGUGGCCAUGUGGGGGGUGUGGUCUGGCUCAAGCCCCCCUGGGCAGAACAGAUCCCUGAUGGAGAGUAUUGUCUUAUAGUGGGCAAAGACAAGAGCUCUGGACACGUCAGACUUGCCACACCCCUCUCUUACUUCAUCAGUGAGAUGCUCUGUGUCCCCAGGAGUCAACUGGAUAAUGUGAGGGAAAUCCCCCUGCUUGUUACCACGGUAACUAUACCCAGCGCUACGGACAUGAUGCCACCUCAACCCAAGAGGCGACGGCUAUUACCAGAGAAGGGUAUUGGCAGACUACUGAAGGAGUCUAAAGGCUGGGUGUUGGACUUUGACCUUGAUUUCUUCUCUACGGGGAACCCAUACAGAGGGCCAUUCACAUCAGAGCAGUAUCAUCUAUUGCAGCGGCUUUAUCGGACCCCCCAGAUACCAGAGGGGGACAAAAGUGAGGGUGCUCUACAGGAAGUGGUGGAGAAGAGGAGGAAGCAGCUUGAUCUACUCAAUGGCCUGUGGUCAGACAACUACCCACAGAGGGAGAUCAUUGAGCAACUGGACAUGUCCCCACCACAACAACGGCUGGUGGAAGGGAUCAGAACAUUCCUCCGACAGAGCGCCGACAUUGACCAAGAGUAUAUCCACACUUGUGGUCUGUUGACUGAGCUGCCUCUCCAUGUCAGCUCAGAGGGGGAGAUAGCUGCUCUAAUGAAGGAAUCAUUUCAACUGCUGGAGGAGUUGGUUGCUUGUGCUGGGUCACCUGCCCUCGUCACCAUAGCAAGGUCCUCUGUGGACCACUACACUCCUGCCCAUCAGGUGGACUCUAUACAAGAGCAGCUGACCACCUCUUUACAGACACUGUGUGCUGGACACAAACUGAACAUUAGCUGCAAUUAUCUGGACCAACAUAUGCAAUAUUUGUAUGAGUCACCUUCUAAAACUUGUGACUGUUCUUAUCUGUAAAAAAUGUAAAAAAAGAAUUUCAAGUCA